AAUCUCAACCGGAAGCUGUGCCCCUACUGGUAUUAGCUUGACGAGCGUACCCUGGUCCCGUCCUGUCAAACUUCAUUGUCUGGGAUCUCACGUCGCUGGUUUUCUACGGCGCCUCAACGAUGGAGCGAAAGGUGGCUCGGGAAUUUAGGCACAAGGUGGAGUUGCUGAUUGAGAAUGAAGCCGAGAAGGACUACCUGUACGAUGUCCUCCGCUUGUAUCAUCAGUCCAUGGAAUUGACAGUCCUGGUCGGGGACCUGAAGCUGGUCAUCAACGAACCAAAACGCCUGCCCCUGUUUGACGCCAUCCGACCCCUCAUCCCCCUCAAACAUCAGGUGGAGUACGACCUGCUCACUCCCAAGAGGUCACGGAAGCUCAAAGAGGUGCGGUUGGAUCGGAUGCAUCGCGAUGGACUCGGUCUGAGUGUUCGCGGGGGGCUGGAGUUUGGCUGUGGUCUUUACAUAUCGCAAAUUGUCAAGGAUGGUCAGGCUGGAAACGUUGGCCUGCAGGUGGGCGAUGAGAUCGUGCGCAUCAACGGUUACUCCAUCUCAUCCUGUAUCCAUGAGGAGAUCAUCAGUCUAAUCAAGACAAAGAAGAUCGUAUCACUCAAAGUCAGGCAUGUGGGCAUGAUCCCAGUGAAAAGCUCAUCAGAUGAACCCCUCAAGUGGCAGUUCGUCGAUCAGUUUGUGUCUGAGUCUGGGGAGAAAAGGAGCAGUGUUGCGGGCUUGGCAUCGAUGGGAGGGAAGGAGAUCAAGGAAAAGAAGGUUUUCCUCAGCCUUGUGGGCACGAAGGGAAUGGGAAUCAGCAUCUCUAGUGGUCCCACCCAGAAACCUGGCAUCUACAUCAGCAAUGUCAAGCCAGGCUCUCUUUCUGCCGAAGUUGGACUCGAGGUUGGAGACCAGAUUGUGGAGGUGAAUGGGGUGGAUUUCACCAACGUGGACCACAAGGAGGCUGUGAAGGUCCUGAAGAGCAGCAGAAGUCUGACUAUUACUGUUCUGACUGGAGCUGGCAGUGACCUGUUUAUGACAGACGGGGAGCGUCUGGCUGAGGAGGCCCGCAGGGAGCUGGAGAGGCAGGAGCUGAUGCACCAGAAGCGGCUGGCAAUGGAGACCAACAAAAUCGUCAAGGAGCAACAGGAGAAGGAGAAACAGAGAAAGAUGGAGAUCGCUCAGAGGACUGCGGAGGAAGACGAGCGUUACAAGCAGGAGAUGGAGAACAUUGAAGCCUUGGAGAGAAAGCACAACAGAGACUGGGAGGAGGACUGGGGAGCAAAAGACCGGCCCAAAAGCCCCAAGAGUCCCCACACUCCCACAAGCCCAUCGACGUCCCCACCUCAACUCAACACCACCCCGACUCCCAAGGCCAAGAGUUCCCCUAAUGAAGCCGGCUCCUUCACGACGGAGGACGCGGAGGAGGAGGAGGAGGAGAACGGACAAGGAUUCCAGAAACAUGGGGAAGAUUUUGAUCCCUACUCAAUGUUUUCCUCGGAGCAGAUCGCCGGACGAGAUGUGCGACUGCUGCGGAUCAAAAAGACUGGGCAGCUCGACGUCGCGCUGGAGGGCGGAGCGGACUCUCCCCUGGGGAAGCUGGUGGUGUCCUCUGUGUAUGAGGGUGGCGCUGCAGAUAGACAUGGCGGCAUCGUGCCAGGGGACGAACUCAUGGCCGUGAAUGGGAGGAUCCUGAUCGAUGCCACGCUGACCGAGGGGCAGAACUCGCUGGCUCGGGCCUGGAACAGUGGAGGGGACUGGAUUGAUGUUGUGAUUGCUGUUUCCCCGCCGAAGGAGUACGAGGACGAAGUGACGUUCUUCUAGACCGGUCGACACACUGCCAAGAAAACCUGAGCUGCUUAAACAUGAGGCUUUUUGCCUUGAUGAUUUCUUCAUGAGUCGCUGUGUUCAGCACAAAUAAAUGAUUCUGUUUCCUCCUCAUCCCCCGUAAGCAAACAGGCUUGACUUUUUCCGACUAGUCAGCGUUACAGCUGUCUCUUUAAUGGUGACCCUGGUGUCAUGUGUAAGGAUGUUGACAGGAUGCGAUCAACAAGCCUGUUUCGCUGUCUAGUUUUGUUAAAGGAUGCUCCCGUCAGUCUUUACUUGUUUCCCAUAAUCCUCUUGACCUCUGCUUAAGCCUAAACAUGACUGACCUCGUUUAUAAACAUAUGGCUGCGUUGAUGUUCUCAUUACAUGUGUCUCAUCUGUCCCUAUAACAAUAAAGAGGAAACACAAAGCAGGCAAGUCCAGAUCAAUAGGACUUGUUUAAUGUGCCUUUUCAAAGCCCAAUAAAGAGCUGCUGAUGUCACACCAUU